AAGGGACGACACGUUAUAGAGAGUAUAAAUUUUUUUAGUAUUAUCAUUGACCAUCCCAUUUUUUCAUUUUUUUUUUCAAGUUUCGAAGUGCAGAACCCUAACAACUUCACUAUCUGCUCCUCGUUCGCAGUGACAUUGCUCCGAUUUUUUCAGCUUCAGACAAAGAAAAGGCAAUAACUUUUCGAACCCCACCUCCCUUUUUCUUCAAAGUUUGAAUCUUUUGCCCUUGCCAUGUCAAUUCAACCAAAAACUGAACCUGGGUCACCCCCCAUUCUCUCAUCAACCAGUAACAAAAGCUUGGAGACGAUGAGCGUUCCUGAGCUCAUUGAAAUUCUUCGAGUUAAGUGGCAAAAAGUGGAUUAUGACAGAGUUGAAGAGGUUUUGGUAGAAAGAGAGAAAAAACUUAAAACCAAGGCUGGUCAACUUGAAGAGAAGUUUCAGCUUCAGAGUCUAGCAAGGAUUGAUGCUGAGGAUAAAUUGAAGAAGAAAGAGCAAGAGUGUGAGAAGGUACAGAGGCUUUAUGAGACGUUGUUUAAGGGAGUGAAGGAAAGUGGGUUAGACAAGGAAACCAUUGAGAAUUUGAGGAAGAAGAACAAAGUGUUAGAGUGCGAGAAUCUUAAGUUGUUGGAGUUGAAGAAGAAAUAUGAGGUUGAUGGCAACGCUGUUGAUGAAUUAAGGAAGAAAGUGGCUGAGAUAGAGGCUGAAAAGAAGAAUAAUUUGGAUACCACUACUGAGUUGAAUGAUAAGAAUGGGAAGCUGGUGGAUGUGAAAUUGAAGGCUGAGUUUCCGUUUUUGGAAAUUCUUGACCGUGUUUCGAGAUGUUGGAUAAAGGGUUGGAUGAGUGAUGCUUCUUUUGAUGGAGAGCAUGAUAUUAAUAAAGCUGAUGAUCCUGGUUUUCCUUCUAAAGUCAAAGGAGAAGUGAAGGAGUUCAAUGAUGAAAUCAAUGAUGGUUCUCUACCUUUGCAAAGAAACAAAGAUUUUCAUCAAUCUCAUGGUGCUGCAGCUGCUGAGGGAGGAUCCAAAUUUCAAAAUAUCAUUGAGAUCAGUGGUGACCAUGACGAUGAUGAUAUUCCUAUUUCACGAGUAAUGCAAGCAAAAGCUACCGAAUCACGCAAAAGAAAGCUCCCAUUCUCACAAUCUUGUUCUUGCAAUAGGAGUGGUCCCUUUUAAGGUGUUGGAGGAUCAGAGAAAAGGAAAGAUGCAGGUAGAGAGGCACCUCGCUAGGCGUUUGGAGUUCUGCAGCGAAGUGUAUUUUGGGAUUUUAGUUUGAUAUAUAGCAUAUAUAUGUUCAUAUGUAUAACUCUCCAAAUAACUUGUUUUAUUUUGUACCUCUUAGAGGUUUAAAGAGAACUAGGGUUUUAUAUAUGUAUUUUGGACUUUGGGUUAUGUAUAUAUGUAUGUAAAUAUUCUCCAGCCAGCUUUAGCUCUGCAUGUUAAGUUAGGAGCUUGUUAUUUUGUAUUCUUUACCCUCUACUCUUGUUUUCUUGUUUUCUGUGUAUAUAUGUUGGUGAAUCAUAGUUUUC